GGGCCUGUUGCACAAAAGUAGAAUUAAGACAUCCGGGAUAAAUGACUCAGCUGAGCUCAAUGAAGCCAAAACAUGUGCGUCCAGGCUUAAUUGGUUGCACAAAGACCAAGCCAGGAUGAGCAGACACGGAUUCAUUAAACCAGGUGAAACCAAUCCUGGAUAGGUGCGCGCUCACGGCUCACUCAAAUAGACCCCGCCACAGAUCACAGAUUAACUGAUUUACCAUGGCAACUAGAGCCGCGUACUUUUCCCCGUCGGAAGCACAAAUCCUCAUGGAGGCAUACGAGGAGGUAAAAUAUAUAAUUAAGAAGAAAAUGAUAAUAAAGCAAAGAGAAAAAGCGUGGCAAAGUAUUGCAGACCGCCUGAAUGCAUUAAACAUGAACGGGCCAAAGCGGACAUGGCAGCAGGUCAAAAUCAAAUACAAGAACAUUCUGCAGAAUGCAGUGAAAAAGAAUACCCACAGACAAGGCACGGGUGGUGGGUCACCAAAGGCUGACCUUACCCCAGCAGAGGACAUGGCCUUGGAGCUAAAUAAAGGCAGGCCCGUCUUAGAGGGGAUCCCUGGGGGGAAAGAGACGAGCAUAGGUUCCUCCCAAGAUGCCACCCGCUUCAUUCAAGUGUCUGGCAGCACUGUGUUCCUGUUAGAGCCACCAGCACAAGCACCAGACGAUGCUGAUCCAGGUGAAGGCCCCAGUGCAGCAGCAACAGCACAUGGAGACGAUGAUGAGGAGGAGACCAUCUCUCUGGAUUCCAGAAGGCAUGAGGACCCAGAUGCUAUACAGUGGGAAAACCAGCCUGGCAACAUAAGCUCACAAGCUAUCAGAAAGUUGUAUGGCAACCACCUCCGGCGCCAAAUAGAACUGGCAGACAUAGACAUUCAGUACAAGAAGAAAAAGAUGGAAAAUCUUGCACUGGAGUCCGAAAUAAAAAAGAGGACAAUUAGGAAACUGGACCUUGAAAUAAAAAAACUUGAGAGGGAGGUGAGAUAUGCCUUCAAUGUAUGCUAACUGUAACACAAAUGUAUUAAUCAUUAUUUUUCUUUCCUCCCCCAGCUCCAAGAAGAUGACACAGCUCAAAAUAAAAAUUAGCAAUCAGUACAACCAAGUCAUCGUUAUAAGGCAUCGCCCUCUUUUGCCCACCCCCUCAGCACCAGGUGUGGCCACUAGCCUAUAUGAAGGCCCAAAAUUGUGUGUUCCUUUCUGCUCUGACAAUGGCAUGCCCAUUCGUGCGAGAUGUGGUGGAUGAAGAAGCACUUGUGCUGAGGAGAGCCUUCAGGCGAGAAAGGGUCUUCAGGGACCGGUUGGACCCACUGGCCUUCCCUGAUGACCAUCUAUAUGAAAGAUACAGGUUUUCUGCAGAUGGCAUCAGGUAUCUAUGCAGACUACUGGGUCCCAGGAUUAAGCACCGCACUGCACGGAGCCAUGCACUGAGUGUGGAGCAAAUGGUUUGUGUGGCCUUGCGCUUUUUUGCUAGUGGAGCCUUCCUGUACUCAGUGGGGGAUGCUGAACAAGGCCACAAUUUGCCGCACAAUAAGGAGUGUGUGUCUGGCUAUCAAAGCAUUAGCAGAUGUCUUCAUCUCCUUCCCUGGCCACAGAAGACUCUGUGACAUCAAAGAGGAGUUCUAUAGGAUUGCAGAUGGUCUGCAAUGCUGACUGUGUGAUCAGCAAUGUUGUGGCAAAAUGGCCUGGCUCAGUCCAUGACUCCAGAAUCUUUCGGGCCUCUGAAAUCUAUCAGUGCCUAUCACAAGGUGAAUUCUCUGGUGUGUUGCUGGGAGACAGGGGGUAUGGCUGCCAGCCUUUUCUCCUGACACCUUUCACAGACCCCCAGGAAGCACAUCAGGCCUACAACCAUGCCCAUGCCAGGACCAGGGCCAGAGUUGAAAUGACCUUUGGCCUCCUGAAGGCACGCUUUCACUGCCUUCACAAAUUAAGGGUCAGCCCUGUUAGGGCAUGUGAUAUUACUGUGGCUUGUGCUGUCCUCCACAAUGUGGCCUGCCUGAGGAAGGAGAGGGCCCCCAGAGUGCCACCAGCCAUGGACUGGGACAAUCCGGCAAUCUUCCCUGAUGACGACAGUGGUCGGCUGCUGAGGGACCAAUAUGUGUUGAAUUAUUUUAGUUAGUAUGUGUGCUUUCAAUUUUGGUUAAAUAUGUCCUGCGGUGGCAGAGGAAUUUGUUUUUUUUUGGGUUCGUUUUUUUACGAAUUUGGCCUCUUAUGAUGUUUGUGCGGUAUACUGUGUGUAAUACAAGGCUGCAGGGAGGCUACUGCAUCCAUUCAUUUGUCUGUUCAGUUGAUGUGUAUGGAUUUGUCCUGCAUUUAUUUUAGUGUGCAGACAUGCAGGGUGUGUUAUAUACAGACCUUUGAAUGUGUAUGUAUAAUAUGCUUGGAUUCUGUGCUUUCCAUCUUGUAGAGUCACUGUGACUUCAGUUUCGAAAGGAGCUGAUGGUUUACCUGCUUUGUUUUGUCCUUAUUCAAUAAAGGAACAUAAUGUUACACAUUGUGUUUUUAUAUUCAUAUGGAAUGUGUAUUUGUUUAUAUGACAGAGUACUAGGGCCACACUGAAGAAAAAGGAUAAAGUCAUAAAUUUAUGAGGCUGGUUCUUUCUGCAGAAAAGCUACAAAUUGUUUUGAUACUUAUGACAAUGUGAUACUUAAUAUUCUGGCACAUCAGCAUGUCUUUGUUUAUGAAACCAUACUGAAGUACAAUGUCACGAAAUGCCCCACAUCUGUCAUUUUAACAAAUGUCCUCCUUUAAAACAACUGGUUACAAUAUUAUUACUUGUGUUUUUUUCCCCUCUGUGGCCCUAAUAUUCUAUCAUUUUAUAUAUAGCCUUAUAGUCUAUGGGAAACUGUAAAUUAUCUAA